ACAGACACUCCAGUCUCAACUACCCCGGCGCGCCUCCGUUGUUUGGCUGCUCCGUCUCCGACCUCCACUCCACUCCACUCCACUCCACGCCACCGGUGGAUUGGAAGCAUUGCCACGGGGGGCGCCAUGCCGGCGGACGGGAGCAAGAAGAAGGGCGUGCCGCCGCUGGGCUGGUGGCUCAUGCUCGUCGGCUCCCUCCGCCUCGCCUCCGUCUGGUUCGGCUUCUUCGACAUCUGGGCGCUCCGCGUCGCCGUCUUCUCCCAAGCGGAGAUGACUGAUGUACACGGCCGUACUUUUGGUGUCUGGACUCUUCUGACCUGCACGUUGUGCUUCCUUUGUGCACUCAACCUGGAAAAUAGGCCUCUAUAUCUGGCCACCUUCCUGUCAUUCAUCUAUGCUAUUGGUCAUUUCCUAACGGAAUACUUGAUAUACCACACCAUGGCUGUGGCAAAUCUCAGCACGGUUGGCUUCUUUGCAGGAACGUCAAUUGUAUGGAUGCUUCUUCAGUGGAAUUCUCAUGGCAACCCCCGUGGAUCCCAUGCUGUGAAGCAGUCAUGAGAAAUGCUCGGGUUGUCAGCUUGAUGUGGUCUGGGGGAGGAAGGAUGCGUGAAGAAACCUUGCCAUAAAGGCUUCGUUGCCAUUCGUACUUCAUUUGUCAUCAUGUUAUUUCAGUUCAUGAAAUGUUUGUUCCACUGAUUAGAAUCUGGAAAUUCGAACGUUGUAAACUGCGCGCAUCUGAGUCUUGUAGCCAAGAGCUGUAAUUUCCGGUUUGAUCACAUUCAGGCGUGCCUGGGAAACAGAUUAGCUGUUGUUUUUCAAAGAACAGAUAGCUGCUCAGAUUAUCACAUGUUGAGAGCUGAUACGCCAAUAAGGGAUACUGCAGUAUAACGUACUGCUAGCUCUUGCAUUUGUACGAGCCAAGGCAUAAAGAUGCGUGCUGUUUUCUGUUGAA